GAGAGAGAGAGAGAGAGAGAGAGAGAGAGAGAGAGAGAGAGAGAGAGAGAGCGAGAAAGGAAGAAAGAAAGAAAGAAAGAGAGUGAGUGAGUGAAAGAUCGUUCGAUGGUUGUUCGGCCGUUCGAAGUAACGCGAAAGGAAGGCUCCUCAUAUUUCUGCAUCUGUUCGUCGUAUCUAACUCGUAGCAGUCAAUAGCAGCAGCAACAGCAACGGCAGCAUCAGCAUCAUUAGCAGCAGUGGUAGCAGUAACAGCGACCUUCGUGCCAGCUGAAAAGAGAAAAAUUUGGCUAUGCGCGCUGUGAAGAUUGACUUGAAAUCAGGAUACGCAACGACGACGACGACGACGACGACGACGACGACGACGACGACGAAGAAGACGACGACGAUUCGUCCGUGAUAACGGCAGACAUUGUCGCGAUUUCGAUACGCGAUGGAGUCCAUAAGAAAGUGGUUUUACAGGCCUAAGAGAGACGAUACCAGUUUAUUGGCUCAGUUCUUUUACGCCGAUGAAUCCCUAAACGCAAUUGCCUGUGAGCUGGAUUCUUUCGAUGGACGUCAGGAGCCAGAAAGAUGUACAACUUUGGUGAAUCAGCUGCGACAUUGCCAGGACAAAGUCCUGACGAUAUGUAAUCAGAUCAUGGAUGAUCUUAUACCAGACAGUAGAGCUAAUCGGGACUUUAGAGUAAAGUUUCCGGACGACGUGAUGCAGGAAAAUUUAGCAGGACAACUGUGGUUCGGUGCUGAAUGUUUGGCUGCUGGAUCGUCGAUCAUGAACAGAGAGUCCGAAAGUUCUGCUAUGAGGCCGUUAGCAACGGCACUCACGAAAUCAUUGGAGAUUGUGAGAAAUUUGCUCAGAGAGCAUGCGUUGAAGGGCCACAUGAAUUUAAAGUAUCUUUCUCAGACUCAAAAUCCUUUGGAGCCAUCUUUAGAGAAGCUGAUAGAAUCGUUAAAGAUUUUCGAUCGGCUCUUCGCUGACUUUGAGCUUUGUUACGUUGGCGCCAUGGUACCGGUCAAAUCCACGAAGGAAUACGAGCAGCAGGAGCUCGUUUGCGUUUUAUUUUCCGAGACUUUGCAAAGAGCCCUCGAACGAGGUUUGCUGAGUCAAGCAGACGUGGAUAAUUACGAACCUGCUUUGAUGUUCACUAUACCACGUUUGGCCAUUGUAUCCGGCUUGUUGGCCCCACCUGGAGGUCCCUUGUGCCUGAAUUCUCCUGAUACCAUCAGCGAAAUGUUCAGGCCAUUCAGGACUCUUCUCUUGAAGAUAAGAGAACUACUUUGGACUCUGAACAAUCGUGAACUUUAUAUGCUGGAGAAGUUAUUGUGCUCGAACGAAGAACCCUCGGGUCCUAUCAGCCAGUCGACAAAAUCCACGUGUCAGGACUUACCCGAUCUCGAGGAAUUCGUUCACAAUUUUUAUACCGGUUAUCCUAAUUGUAAAGACUUCAUUGUAGAUUUCUAUACGGUAACGAGGAACACAGGGAAUAAUAUGGAUGAGGUGGCGAACGACGUGGUUCAAGCGUUGGACAAUGAAAAUAAAGAAAGAUCGGCGGAAAGGAGAUCGAAGAAGGAUCGUGAGAGGGAUCGUAGAGAGACGAGAUAUAACGAGGAAAAUGGGCCCAAGGACUUAAAUAACAUAUCCACGGAAGGAUAUGAUAACGUUGUAGUUCGUAACGAUAAUAAUGUGAAGGUACAGGAUAAUAGUGAGAGAGAAAGUGUUCGAGAAGAUGUGCGUUGUGACAUAGUACAAAGUAAUAGUUCGAAAGAGAAAAAGCAACAGGCGUGUAAUCGCGAUUCUUGUCCCGUAAAGCAGGUAUCGAGCGAGAACGGUAAUAAAGGAGAAAUUGAGAAUGUCAGGGAGGAAGGUAUAGUAGUAGUAGCAGCAGUCGAGGACGGUAUUUUUAGUACCGUGGAAAGUUCGGGCGAGAUCAAUAGGCAGGAGGAAAACUUCCUCACUCCUGACAUUUCUCAAAUGCUCGCUGACUCGGAAAACGUAGAGAUUCUUCAAAGUCAGUACCUACUCAAUCAGGUAUCUCACGAGAACAAUGUAACGGGUGAAACCGUGCAUAUUCAAAAUUCUCUGCCGGAUUUGGACUCGAAGAAGCUCAUUUCCGAGGCAAACAAGACUCUCUCGAAUCUUUUGUUGGACGGUGAAUGUCAGAAUGAAAUCUCCGAGCAAACAGAUUCGGGAAUAUGCACGGUCAUAUCCUCGGAGAACACGAGCUUGUACGAUAAAAGUCCCGAGGAGAAGAAGACUUUCGCUAAUGAGAUUCAGGACGACGAGCGUGCUUUAGAAGAUGACACGCAGGAGAAUAACAGCUAUUCCUGUUCGAACGUAAACUCACCGAGGAGAAAGAAUUCGAACAUGUCCGAAAGUUCUUGCGUCUGCGGUAUAAGAGCUUCGAAAACUAUCACGUCUUUGGAUCAUCCGAUAGACGUGACACCUUUGACUUCGGGAAACAACGAUUCUAAUAAAAACAUUCCAAGGAUUUCCUCAAAUUUCGAUGGCACCAACGAGGAGUUCGUUGGUUUGGCUUAUGGUAACGGGCAUCUGCCGCUCUGCGACUCCAAUCAGACCAGCUUUCAAUUGAAUUAUUCUGAAAAUUGGGAAAAUCUCAAUUUGAAUAUAGACGCGUCGACCUCGAGGAAGGAAUUUUGGAGCGAUCUAAAGUGCGAGAAUUGUCCGUCAACUUCACAGAAUAUCGACAAAAUGGGAAAUAAGAUAGAGAGAUACGCGCAGGAGAAGGUCAUCGCUAGGAAGGUCCGAGAGGACAAUAAGCAAAGACGACGUAAUCAACGGAAGCACGACAAAGGCCUUCACAAAUGUCAACAGGUUACAAGAAGUAAUCAUUGCGUUCAGUCGACCCCGAGCACUGAAAGUUCAAGGUCAAACUCGAUAGACAGGUGUUUGAAUCCACGAUUGACCAACUUCGGUGCGAGCUUGCAUCCGAGCCAAAACACAAGACAGAUGCCAAAUUUUGGUAGUCACAGUCCGCACGCGAGUCCAAGGCUACAACAUUUCGAGUCGCGUGACAGCUCGAGACAACGAAAUUAUAAUUUAUCGAAGUCGACGAGAAAUUGUUCGCCACAGAGUAGAAAGCUUUUGGAUCACAGAAGAUCUAGGUCCGAGCAGAUAGCUCGUAUGAAGCGAAAGGACUUUGAGAAACGUGACAGGUAUGAAAGACUGAGUUAUCGAUCCGAACAAACCAAGAGAAAACUUGGAAAUAGGAGUCCUAACGACCUGUUGAACGACGGUUUAGGGCCUAGAACGGACAAGAGCGGUCUGGUAACGGAAACAAUAUCUCCCGUUACGUCACCAAAUACAUGUUAUAGGCUCGAAAAUACAAGAGACAAUAAUUUACAAAGGCCUCCACGUACCGCGAGAUUGGUGAAUCCUUCAACGGUCACCGGAACGCAAUCUUUCAAUUCGGAGCAGACGCAGAAAACAGAGGCCGUUGGUUCGAGUUCCAGUUGUUCGAGUUAUUGCGACUCCAGUUCAGAAACCAGCGAAUUUCAAAGCGAUUGUCAGGACGACGAGGAGAUAGCCUUAGCGAUGCAAGCAGCGGAGAUUGCGAAUAGAAAUCAGAUUAGAGCGAAAUUUAGGUCCUCGGAAGAUCUUGUUCAUCGAUUGUUCGUCUGUAUAGCCGGCGUAGCCGAUCAACUUCAAACAAAUUUUGCUUCGGACCUUCGGAAUAUCCUCAAGUGCGUCUUUCUUAUGAAUAGUAGUCAAACUGUAGAUGACGAAGAGCCAAAGCAAGAAUGUUUGGUAUCCAGCCAAGCAGUCGUUACGAAUCACACGUUAGGCACGAGUAGCAAUCACGAUCGGCAGAACUCGUUGCAGGAGUACGAAGACGAAGAGGAUAAUGGUCCUGCAAACGAACAAACUUCCACGGCAAUGGAACGCGGUGAGGAAUGCGUCGAAAGAGCACCUGCGUGGGUGCCAGACAACGAUGCACCUAGGUGCAUGGCUUGUCAAGCAGGAUUUACUGUUGUACGCCGUAGACAUCAUUGUAGAAACUGUGGUAAAGUGUUUUGCGGUCGUUGUAGCAGCAACAAUGUUCCUUUACCGCGUUACGGCCAUACCAAGCCUGUCAGAGUCUGCAAUAGAUGUUUCCUUUACCAGGUGACGCCGUUUACCGUUUCUCAAGUCACACCCACCAGUUGAAUAGAUAACAUCUUUAAUGAUUUUCGAAUUUAAUUACGGAUCGUAUAAUAAAUUUUACGCUUCUCUUAUAGGACGACACGACAAACGUAUUUCAAAACGACAAAUAUCGCUUCGUCUUUUGUUCUUUUUAUUUUCAACUUUUCUGGGGAACAGUUUACACACACACACACAUAUAUAUAUAUAUAUAUAUAUAUACACACUUUUUUUUUCUUUGUUUCUUUCUUUCUUUCUUCUUUCUUUUUUCUUUUUAUUUUUUUUACUUUCGAUGACGUGUUACUUGAACGUUCAUGUCAAGCGUGUCAAUGAGUCUUGUAAUUUCUGGUGUCUCCGAUCUUUAUCGACGGUUUUAAGAGUAACAUUCUAUUAAAAAGAUUUGCUUCUACGCAAAUGUCGAUCGAUCGAAGUCGAAGAACUGAUAGUUAUUACCAGAUAUGCUAUUAACGUAUAUAUGCUCAAAUCGUACAGUCGAUAAUGGCGCAAAUUCCAUUAAUACCUCUCAUUAAUAAUAGUAAGAAUAUAUAAUAAUAAUCGCCUUUAUAUCUUUCAAUCGACCUGCCGUAAUAACUUCUAUGACCCAGAGCCGCAAAUAGAAGCGUUUCAGUGUAAUCUCAGUUGCACGUAAAAAUGAUAGUCUUAUAUUUGCGUAUAAUUUUGAUUAAAAAAUACAAAAAAAAAAAAAUAAAAAAAAAUAAAAAAAAUAAAAAAAAAAAAAUAAAGAAAAAAAAACAAGAAAAAAAGAAAAAAGGAGAGGGGCAAAAGAGAAAGGAGAAAUAGGAAAAGAAUUGUUAUUUUACUUCUUCUUUUCUUUUCUUUCUUUUUUUUUUUUUUUUUUUUUUUUCUUUUCUUCCUUUUUGUACAGCAACAUAUAAUCGUUUACUUAUUUUUGUUUUUAUUUUUUUCGUAGAAUUUUAUUAUCACUUAUAAAGAUGUUUUUAUUUGUUAUAGAAUGUAGGAAAUACUAGGGGGGGGGGGGGGCUGAAACGCGUUUUAUACAAAUUUCUUAUAUUUUUCCUUAUAUAAAUCUAUCAAUAUAUAUGUAAAAACAAUUUGUGCAUAUAUAUCAUAAUUGUGAAAAUCUGCGGUGUAUAGUGGAAAGCAAAACACAACUGUGUUCCUGCAUUCUAUCGUCUGCUUAGUUUUAUUUUUCUUUUUUUUUUCUUUUCUUUUCUUUAUUUUCUUUUUUUUUUUUUUUUUUUUUUUUUUUUUUUUUUUUUUUUUUUUUUCUUUUCUUUUUUUCCCAAGAUAAUAUCUCUUUAAUUGCAAGAGGAAUCAUUUUGUUAUUGCUUUUAUGAAAAGCAUUGGAACUUAUGCAACCAGUAAUAUCUAAGCUAAGUAAUGUAUCUUCGAGUACGACCUUUGGCAAGUUCGAGGAUUGGAAGGAGAAUCGAUGGACGUUGAAAAAGAAUAUUACUCAAUGAUAAACCUAUAACCGCGAGUUCAUUUUUCUAACGACUGUGAACUAACCAAGGAUUUUGCUCGUGCGAUGAUCUUAUUUCGAUAGCAAAAACGAUCGAUUAUUGACUGUAUGUGAAAUUUCAAAAUGUAACUCGAGCGCAUUGUUGUAUAGAGAACCUUUUUUUUUUUUAUUUUGUUUUGUUACAUAUAAAAAAAAAAAAAAAACGAUCUAUAAUAAAAAAAAAAACAUCGCGCGCGCGCGCGCACAUACACAUACACAUGCACACAUACACAUAGAGACAGAUAUACACACAUGGAUGUGGGUAGUGUGUAGAAACACGCUCUUUAAUAUCUCAUUUCAAUUAAGUCAAGAUCAAAUGGGACACAUGUUAAUAUGAACUUUUUUCAUUAUUUUGGUGCAUCCUGUCUCGUCCGCGUUAUAAAGUGCAUCCCAUGUGUUACGAAAUAUCCUAUAUAUUUUAUAGCUACUCGUUCAUUUUCUACUAGAGAGAGAGAGAGAGAGAUAGAUAGAGAGAGAGAGAGAGAGAGAGAGAGAGAGAGAGAGAGAGA